UUCCGGUCCACGGCGGCGGCCUCAGCUCAAUAACAAGCCAGCGCAGGCCUAGGGUUUCCUUCCUCCUCCAGUGCUCUCCUCGCGCCGCCGCCGCCCCAGUUUCCUUCGUGUGCCCGUGCGCUCGUCGGCCUCCGUCCGCGACUCCGCUCGAGAAGCGAGAGCAUGGACACCCAGGUGAAGCUUGCUGUUGUGGUGAAGGUGAUGGGCAGGACCGGCUCCAGAGGUCAGGUGACCCAGGUCAGAGUGAAGUUCUUGGAUGACCAGAACCGGCUCAUCAUGAGGAACGUCAAGGGCCCAGUUCGCGAGGGUGACAUCCUCACCCUGCUCGAGUCUGAGAGGGAGGCCAGGAGGCUGCGCUGAGGUGGUUGUGUGUCCUGGUGGUUCUUGUAUGAAGUUGGAUCUCGGCGAAUUUGAGCUAUGUUUAUUGAACUUGGUGUGAGAACACCUGCCUUAUGAUUAGUGAGCCUGGUGAUAAUGUUGCAAUUUGGUUUUAUGAUCCAGGUUGAAAGUGCACUUGUGCUGAGACAUGGAUAUUCUUUGCUGUAUUAGCUCAAUCGAUGCAUGGAUUGAAUACUAGCUGAAUCCCAGGGUUUAUGCUUGGUAGUAUGGUCGUCUAUGUGGUUUUGUCAUAGUCUGAUAGUCAUGGUGGUGGCUAUCUUAAUCUCGAUAUUUGCUUGAUGAUGGUCGUAGUGCUUCACCAAAGGAUCUUGUUCUGGUGAUCACUUA